AAGUGCGCGCUUGUACGCGCGCCUCUGUAUGCGAGGGAACAAGAUGGAGUCAGCUGGCUGAUUGUAUAGUUUGUAUCAUUAUUAUGUCUAAUAUGUGUAGCACUUUUCAACAGCCGUAUAAUAUAAUGACACUUCCCGUAUAAAAUGGUUAUUUAGAAAAAAAAAACGGUAAAGCAAUGAAGUAAAUCAGUGAGCGUUUCGGUGCAUCACUCCGCAGCAUUGGUUUCAGAUGAACAAAGGAUUUGACAGUGCUGUAGCUGUUAAAACCAAUGUUUUUGCCAUCAUGCCACAGAAACUGCUUAAAAAUGCCCAUUACAUAGAGUUGGGUAGCUAUCAGUACUGGCCAGUGCUAGUGCCACGAGGGAUUCGGCUGUACACAUAUGAACAAAUUCCUGUGUUCCUAAAAGAAAACCCUUACAUCACUGAUGGCUACAGAGCCUAUCUACCCUCAAGGCUUUGUCUUAAAAGCCUUUUCAUUCUUUCAAAUGAGACUGUGAAUAUCUGGAGUCAUUUGUUGGGCUUCUUUAUGUUUUUUACACUGGGUGUCUAUGACAUGACAGCAGUAUUACCUGCAGCCAAAGCUUCCAGAGAAGAUUAUGUUAUCUACUCCAUUGGGCUGUUUUGCUUUCAGGUGUGUAUGCUGUGUUCAGUGGGCUAUCAUUUAUUUUGUUGUCAUCGUUCAGAGAAAACGAGUCGACGUUGGAUGGCUCUGGAUUAUGCUGGAAUAUCGAUAGGAAUUUUAGGCUGCUAUGUUCCAGGUGUUUUCUAUGCCUUUUACUGUAAUGAUUACUGGAGGCAAGUAUAUUUGAUCACAGUCCUAGCAAUGAUACUGGCAGUCUUCUUCGCUCAGAUUCACCCACACUACCUUACCCAACAGUGGCACAGACUGCGGUCUGUCAUCUUCUGUUCAGUUGCUGGAUAUGGUGUGAUCCCCACAAUCCACUGGGUUUGGCUCAAUGGAGGAUUUGGUGCACUUAUUGUACAGGAAUUUGUUCCUCGAGUUUUAGUGAUGUAUCUAAUAGCUGCUGUGGCCUUCCUCUUCUAUAUUUCUAAAGUUCCAGAAAGGUAUUUUCCAGGUCAGCUGAACUACCUGGGGUCAAGUCAUCAGGUGUGGCAUAUUCUGGUUGUGUUGAUGUUUUAUUGGUGGCACCAGUCAGCUGUGUACAUCACACAGUAUAGACAUACCCAGCCUUGUCCCGAGGACCCAGUCCAUGCCUAAUCCCAGACAAAAUGCCUUGUCCGCUAAAGAACGUAUGGUACCCACCAAGCCCCCUUCAAUUCAAGUGCCUAUGUACAGGUGAAUGCUAGGUGCUGCCUUGCUUGUUCUUCCACAGACUUUUGUACAUUUAUCAGAAGUUAUUUAAUUUAAAAGAAAACCAUUCAUUGUAAAAUAUUUCUUUUCGUUGAUGUUUUAAUGUACAUUUUUGAUAUUCAAAAUGUAACUAGCAAUGUGUUUUUUUUUCUGCUAUCAGUAUUUAGUUCUUUUUCCUAAAACAAAUAUAUAUAUUAGUGAAUUUGAACACUGCUCUCUCAGUGGUACGGUGAAAUAACUUUUGGGUAUGAGUUAGACAUGUCACAAAGGGUUAAAAAUCUACAAACAAGGCCAAAAUGUACUUAUUUCUUUAAAAUUGGUACUACAGAGAAUGUAUUGUAAUUAAAUGUCACAGUCUUUUAAAUUUAGCAGAAGGCUUGAAUCUGUCAGCUUUCUUACAAAACAUGGUUGAUGAGAGGACCCACACAUCCACUGUUACUGUUGUUUGAUUUUUUUGUUUAAUUUUAUAAAUACUAAAGCAGGUUUCAUGUUUAAAUUCUCCUGCACUGCACUGGGUCCCUAGUCUUUUUAUUUUAUAUUUUAAAUUGGCACUAACCUAGGGGGUAGCCUUGUGGUCUUGGCAUAAACUGAACGGAAUGUCAGGCUUGCCAGGCCGUGAUUUUUCAAAGAGGUACCCGUUGUACAGUUUGACGGAUAGCGUGUGACUCGCUUAACAGGUUAUACGUAUUGUGAACCUUUUCUGUUGACAUGACUUGGAUACUAAUGUUGUAAAUAAUGAGUGUGCACCACCGUUAUACUUCUACUAACAGGCUGCUGCCUUAAAGCGAAUGAGAACAUUUGCUUUUCAUGUGCAAUGCGAGUAAGACAGGAGAGCACACAUUGUUACUGCAGGUUUUAGAUCUGGGUGUUCGGAGGACUUUCUCAGAAUCUCAGUAUUGCAGUUUUUUAAGUGAAUAAUAAAAGCUUUUAUUUUUUUGGUGUAGGACAGGUGUGUUCUUUGUCUGAAAAUGCAUUGCUAUUCUUUACAGAAGCUGAAUAUUGAUGGCACUUCAAUGUAUAUUUUUGGGAAACAAUCUUGAGUCAGAUAAUUUGUUUUAAAAAAAGCAACUUAAUGUAAAACACUGUUUACUUAAUCACGUGUAACAAAUGAUGUUUUUGUCAAUCUGUAAUGUGUGCAUCUUGUUUCAGGUGAUAGUCAUUCUUAUUUACAGUAACCCUGUUAAAGCCAAAGCAGUCAUUGGUUGAUAUUCUUCAGAUUCCUAAGGAGUGUUACUGUAGACAGACUUUGGAAUAUACGGUUUAACAGUGAAAUGGUGCAGAAGCCCAGUAAAGGCUGUCAUUUACUAGCGCAAACUGGAGGCAGAUAGACUGGUGUGAAUUCCUACUGUGAAGGUGAGUUACUGUUGGCACUAAGCAGAAAGCUUGUCAUUUAAGGCACUGAACUUACCAUGAUGGUGCAUGUAGCGAGGCUCAGUCACGUUUGUGCUUCUUGAUAAAGAAGUUCAUAUCCUCAAGUUGCAGCACUUGUCUGGUAACAGUGUGUUUAACUACUUGUUAUUACUACGGUAGUGUAUGUGAAGUACUGUACUGACAUGACUUAAAAAAAGAAGUGUCUGGCCUUUAAUUCUAAUGCAUGCUUUAGAAUAAACAAAUGUAUUUAUUUUGAGUAGUAUAUGUGAUGAUGAAUGGCAUUCCUGGUAUUGCAUUGUUUUAAUAAAAAAAAAACUGAAACAA